AUGCUGGGCUUGCGCCAGCUUCCUGUCCUUGCGGGCACUGUCCUUUCACUUCUUGUUGUCCCGACCCUCGGCGUUGACACUUGCAGUACCGAUGCGUCUCGCUGGGACUACUGGUGGUACGGUAGCGGGCCACGCUAUCGAUGCGCUGAUCACAAUGUCUGCCAUCUGUCUCGCAUCGAUUCAAAGACCAUAGGCUGGUCCGUGACGGAAGGCGGCUCUCUGACCUUCAACCUGGCCAAGUCAGCGGCGCUCGGGUUCCAGAGCGGCUACACCUGGAGCGAGAGCACCACGACCGGCACCACGUACGGCGUGGACUAA